AUGCAGAGUAUAUUAAAGGAGGAGGCUUUCUCUUUCUCUCUUGUCGAACUCUCUAACCAUUUCGUUUACAGGAAGAAGCCAGUUUUAAGUGGAAUGGAGUUUGCUGAGUUCAUUAAGAGUCCGACAGUAGACAAUGUCAUCCUACACAAACCCUUUGAAUUCCCUGUUGAGGGUACCUUGUGUGUCACAGGCUUUCACUUGGUCUUAUCUUCACGACAAAAACGCAAAGAAGAAUUAUGGCGUCUUCAUCAAAGUAUUGACAGUAUUGAAAAGAAGUUAUCUGGUGCUGGAGGCACACUGACCAUCCGCUGCAAAGAUUUUUCAGUCAUACAGAUGGACAUUCCAUCUGCCGAGGCCUGUAUCAACAUUGCUAGUUCUGUGGAACAGUUAUCAAACAUAGAUGAUGUUGCUCUACUUUACCCAUUUUUCUAUCGACCUUUAUUUGAUAUCCUGGAAGAUGGUUGGCAAGCCUUUCUGCCUCAAGAGGAAUUCAAUCGCUUCAAGGAAUGCUCAGAUGAAUGGCGCCUCAGUUACAUUAACAAAGACUAUGAGGUGUGCCCAUCUUACCCCCAUGCUGUGAUUGUUCCGAAAUCUGUGGAUGAUACUACUCUGAUACGUGUAGCAGGAUUUAGACAAUAUGGACGGUUCCCAGUUUUAUGUUACUACCAUCGGGAUACAAAGGCUGUGAUGAUGCGAAGUAGCCAACCCAUGACAGGCACAAAUGGCCGCCGCUGUAAAGAUGAUGAAAGACUUGUAAAUGCUGUCCUUGGUAUUGGUAGAAGGGGUUAUAUUUUAGAUACACGUUCUCAAAACAAUGCCAAAAUAGCUCAAACAAAAGGUGGAGGUUUUGAACCUGAAGUUCAUUACUCUCAAUGGAGAAGAAUCAACCAAGCAAUAGACAGAAGACAUGUUCUUCAUGAAUCCCUCAUCAAACUGAUUGAAGCCUGCACUGACACAACUGCUACAACGGACAAAUGGCUAUCAAAGUUGGACUCUAGUGGUUGGUUGAGCAAUGUCAAAGAUGUGAUCAAUGCCGCAUGUAUGGCUGCUCAGUUCAUUGACAAAGAAGGAGCUUCGGUCUUAGUUCAUGGAUCUGAAGGACUCGAUACAACUCUACAAGUAACGUCUUUGGCCCAACUUUUAUUGGAUCAUGAUUGCCGCACUGUGCGAGGAUUUGAGGCCCUUGUUGAACGAGAAUGGCUUCAAGCUGGUCAUCCUUUCCAAGACAGAUGUGUUAAAUCAGCAUUUGCUGUGACAAAACAGCGAAAAGAAGCCCCUGUAUUUCUUCUCUUCUUGGAUUGUGUCUGGCAGAUUUGGCAACAGUUUCCAUGUUCUUUUGAAUUUAAUGAAGAUUUCCUUUUGCUCCUUUUCCAACAUUCUUACUCGUCCCAGUUUGGUACAUUCCUUUGUAACAACGAAUUUGAAAGAAGAAAUCAUGAGUUAGCUUUAAAAACUGUCUCUCUGUGGUCUUACGUGAACCGACCUGAAAUAAUUCAGAAAUAUAUGAAUCCAAUGUAUGAGCCAAAUCAAAGUGUCCUCUGGCCUUCUGUGGCUCCUCAGAGUUUGACACUUUGGUCAGCGCUUUAUUGUCGAAGUGUUAUGGAUAAUGGCCCCAAGGAAGAAGCUUGGGAAGAGAUGACUCGCAUUCAGGAGUAUGAUAAAGAAUUGCGCUCAAGAGUUAACCGUCUGCGAAGGCAACUUGAUCGUUUGAUGCGUCAGGAAACCAAAUUUGGUAGUAAAGGAUCCGCAGUGUUGAACAAUGAAGCUGUUGCGACAGACGGAGCUCCUCUGUGA